GUGUGUAACUCGAGGAACGUCAGACGAGUGCAGCGAUAUGUGGUAAAAACAACCACUUCAGUUACAACGCGGUAUAACGAGAGAAGCAGACAACAUCUGUGACAGGAUACAUAAGACAGACAUAUUUGAUGUUGGAGAAGCUGUAGGUACAAUGCCUGCCAGACAACUUGACAGCCCUCUCCCCAUAGACAAUGGGGCGGCCCCAGGUCUGACGACGGAGGAUCCCAUUCUGGUUGGUCAACUGGACAGCUGUGACACUGAUACACCACCCUCAGUGGUUAUCAGUGGGAUAUCAUGCCGUCUUCCCCAGUCCAAUAACAUGGAAGAGUUCAAACAAAAUCUGAUGACUGGAGUUGACAUGGUAACAGAAGAUGGAAGACGUUGGCAACCAGGGUUGUAUGGAUUACCAAAGAGAAAUGGAAAGCUGGUGGAUUUGAGCAAAUUUGAUGCAGCAUUUUUUGGUGUAAGUCCUAAACAGGCUGAUAUGAUGGACCCACAGGUGAGGAUGCUGCUUGAAGUUGCAUAUGAAGCUAUUAGUGAUUCAGGUGUGGAUCCCAGCAGUGUGCGGGGCACCAGGACAGGAGUAUUUAUAGGUGCCAGUACAUCAGAGUUCCAUGAAGGCGUGACUUUGGACCCAGAGACAACACAGGGGUACAGUAUGACAGGCUGUACCAAGUCUAUGUUUGCUAACAGACUCUCCUUCUUCUUUGAUUUCAAAGGGCCAAGUUACACAGUUGAUACAGCUUGCUCAUCCAGCCUGCUGGCCCUGGACCAAGCAUUACAAGCCAUCAGAGUUGGUCAGUGUGAUGCUGCCAUUGUUGGAGGGUCAAGUAUUAUACUGAAGCCACUGACUUCAUUACAAUUUCAAAAGCUAGGCAUGCUUUCUCCAGAGGGAACUUGCAAAUCCUUUGAUGCCGAAGGUAAUGGCUACUGUAGGAGUGAGGGUAUAGUGGUGGUCUAUCUUCAGAAGGAGAAGUCAGCUCUUCGUUUGUACAGUCGACUUAUCCACUCCAAAACCAACUGUGAUGGUGGCAAAGAUCAAGGUAUCACAUUUCCAUCGGGUGCAAUACAGAAGUCCCUCAUACAGGAUGUGUACAGUGAGGCAUGUGUAUGUCCAUCAACUGUGGCCUAUGUGGAGGCGCAUGGUACGGGCACCAAGGCAGGCGACCCACAGGAACUCAAUACUAUCACAGAUGUGUUCUGUAAAGGGCGUGACACCCCACUUCCCAUUGGCUCCAUAAAAUCUAACAUGGGGCAUGCAGAACCAGCUUCAGGCCUUGCUGCCGUUGCUAAGGUGAUAGUUGGUAUGGAAGAGGGUGUCCUUCCUGCGAAUCUCCAUUACAACUCGCCAAACACAGACAUCCCAGGUCUGGUUGACGGCCGCUUGCAAGUAGUCACCACCAACAAAAAGUGGGACGGAGGUUUUGUAGGGGUGAACUCUUUUGGAUUUGGAGGUGCUAAUGUCCAUGCCUUAUUGGAAUCUAAUACAAAGUCUGAUACAAACAAUUAUUGUAGAAAUGACUGUACACGAGUAUUUCUGUAUUCUGCUCGAACAGAAGAUGGUGUGAGAUCAGUGAUGGAAAAAGCAAAGGAGCACAGCAAAAACAUGGAGUUACAUACAUUGCUAAAUGAGACAGCAAAGAAUGGACCACACAAGUACAGGGGCUUCAGUGUAAUCAACACAGAAAACACUCUACAAGAAAUUCAGUCGUGUGAUGCCACAGAUCGUCCAGUCUGGUUUGUGUUCACUGGUAUGGGGGCACAGUGGCAUGGAAUGGGACGCCAGAUGAUGGAAAUUGAGUUAUUCAAGAAGUCCAUCCUGAAGUCUGAUGCAGUGUUACGUCCUCAUGGCAUGUAUUUAUACGAUCUCCUGAUGACGGGGAAGGAGACUGUGUAUGAGGACACCCUUAACUGCUUUGUGGCUAAUGCAGCUAUUCAGAUUGCCCUUGUUGAUCUCCUGUUCAAAAUUGGAAUUAAGCCUGAUGGUAUGUUGGGUCAUUCUACGGGAGAAUUGGCGUGUGGCUAUGCGGACGGAUCUCUCACCGCAGAGGAAACAAUUUUGGCCGCGUAUUGGCGAGGACGCUGUAUAAAAGAAGCCAAACUGCCACAUGGGAGCAUGGCUGCUGUAGGUCUGAGUUGGGAUGAGUGCUUGAAGAUGUGCCCUCCUGGGGUUGUACCUGCCUGCCAUAAUGCUAAGGACACAGUCACAGUCUCUGGACCCGCUGAAGCUGUUCAGCAGUUUGUGGAGGAACUCAAAGCUAAAGAAAUAUUUGCUAAGUUGGUGAAGACCUCUGGUGUAGCAUUUCAUUCCCAUUACAUGGCCGCCAUUGCCGGCAGUCUCAAAUCAGCUUUGUCAAGGGUGAUUGUGCCGAAGGAGAGGGGAAAGACUUGGAUUAGUUCUUCAAUUCCUGAGGCCCAAUGGGGGACUGAACUGGCCAAGUACGCAUCUGCCGAGUACCACGUCAACAACCUGGUGAGUCCAGUGCUGUUCCAGGAGGCACUGAGACAUGUCCCAGGCAAUGCGGUCAUUAUUGAAAUCGCCCCACAUUGUCUGUUACAAGCCAUCCUGAAGAAGUCAUUUGGGUCAACUUGUAGCAUUUUAGGAUUGAUGAAAAGAGGACACCCAAACAAUACAGAGUAUUUCUACUCCACCUUGGGAAGGUGCUACCUUCAAGGCAUCAACUUCAAUACCCUGAAGCUAUACCCGGAGGUUUCUUUCCCAGUGUCCCGAGGCACUCCGAUGAUCUCCCCUAUGAUAAAGUGGGAUCACUCUACCAACUGGUUUGUACCCAAGUCAGAGGACUUCUUAGGAGCAAGUGGUGGCAGGUCGGGAGCCAGUUUUGAGAUUGACAUUUCACCUGAUUCACCUGAUAAUUACCUGGUUGGUCACAUGAUAGACGGGCGUGUCCUGUUUCCUGCCACAGGAUACCUGGUGCUGGCCUGGAAGACCCUCGCCAAACAAAAGGGACAGAUGUACCAAGAGAUGGCUGUCUUGUUUGAGGACAUUAAUAUUCACAAGGCUACCAUCUUACCAGACAGUGGCAAAGUUAAACUUGAUGUAACGAUCAUGGAGACGACUGGCGAAUUUGAAAUAAGUGAAAAUGGCACAUUAACAGUUAGUGGUCGGGUCACUACUCCAGAAGAGACCAAUGAAAUGACAGAAAGUGCACCAUGUGACCAUCAAAUAACCGGCCCAGUGCUGACAUCCUCGGACAUCUACAAGGAACUUCGACUGAGAGGAUACGACUAUGGACCUGAUUUUAGGGGAAUCCUUCAAGCAGACCUCAAUGGUACGGAGGGACAGUUGUUAUGGACUGGUAGCUGGGUUUCCUACCUGGACACUAUGCUACAAAUGUCUGUGCUGCACAUGUCCGGUGGUGCCCUGCGCCUUCCCACGCGUAUCCGGUCCCUAGCUAUAGACCCCAUGAUGCACAACAGAGCUGUUUAUCAAACACAUGAUAGUCACCAAGUGACAAGGGUUUUAGUGGAUGAAUACACAGAUUCCUGUGUAGCAGGUGGGGUGGAGAUACAUGGUCUACAUGCAACAGUGGCCCCACGUCACCAGCAGCGUCAGACAUCGCCAAUCCUAGAAGAGUUCAAAUUUGUUCCCUACAUCAAGAACAGUCCCCCUAGUAAUGAUUUGAAGGAAUACCUGGCAGUAUGCAAUGCAUACGUUUGUGAUGAACUUUCUAAGCUACUUGCUAGUGAUGCCUCUCUGGACAGAAACAUGAUCAAAUGCUUGUGUUCUCAGGCUGAUUUCAACAGAACAAUUCUGAGUCAGGUUCCUACCUGGCUAUCAAAUUCAGGGACAGAACAUCUUGCAAGGCUACAAGAAGUUUUCAACAUUCCAGCAGACAACCAAUAUUCCACGAAUGUAGAGAAAGUUUACAACAGUUGGGAGAGUUGUUACUGCACAAAAGAUUUGAUUGUGGAAAAUAUGUCUGCACCACCAACACUUAAGCCCUGCAUGGAUAUAGUGGUGGAGAAUGUGUUGUCCUCCAAGGUGAGGGUAGUGGAACUGAUGGGGAAAGAUACACGCAGUAUGUCCGGGGACGUCCUAACCCUCCUCUCCACCCAUCCCUUAGUACACGUAGACUACACAGUUUGCUCAAAGAAACUUCAAGAAAACGAUGAACAACAUGACAGGAAGGACCAAGUUUCACAAGUGGAAUGGAAUGCAGAAACUGAUGUGCCUGGAAACCUAAAGAAUAGCCAUCUUGUGAUAGCUAGAAACUUUCUCCACAAACACGCAAACAUAUCAAUGGCAAUUCAAAACAUUUCGAGUCUCCUAAAAGAUGAUGGGUUCCUUAUGAUACAAGAAACCACAGAGAACUUUUUGUCGGCCUUUGCCAUGGAAUACCUUGGCCAGCAUCAUUGUGAUGUUGUAGAUACAUCCCAGCAGCGCAAGUGUUUGUACUACCUGGACGAGAACCAAUGGGAAGCCAUGUUUCAGAAGGAAGGAUUUGAAGUUGUGUUUAGGAGAACGGACAAUUUUCAGUCAACGUUAUUUCUAUUGAGGAAGUGUGCAGUUAAUUCACAAGAAACAAGAUCUCAAGAAAUUCUUAAUCUUGAAGGAACGGGUUGUGAAUGGGUGGAGGAAUUGAAAACCAAGGUGUCAAAGUACCAGGGACAACCAAAGGGAGAUAAUUUGUGGCUGACAGUGGAUGAGACAAGACACAGUGGAAUAUUGGGGCUUGUGAAUUGUCUGAGACAGGAACCUGGAGGAGAGAGGAUCAGGUGUAUAUUCAACAUGGAUUCCAAACCAGAAAACCCUGCCUGGCUGUUUGAAGGUUCAGAGUUCCAGAGUAUGGUCAAAAAGGACUUGGUGAUGAACAUUUGGAAGGACGGCAUGUGGGGGUCCUAUAGACAUGUUCCUGCUAGUGAUACUAGACUUAAGCCAUGUGCUGGAGCCUUUGUGAAUGUGCUGACCAGGGGUGACCUGUCCAGUCUCAGUUGGAUGGAAUCCCCACUUGACAGGGUUCAGUCUGGGGUGUCCUGUUGUAGAGUCCACUUUGCUGCAUUGAACUUCCGUGAUGUCAUGUUGGCCACUGGGAAGCUGCCACCAGAUGCUCUCCCUGGGGACCUAGCCACAGAGGACUGCAUACUCGGCAUGGAGUUUUCUGGAAAGGACAAACAAGGACGUCGAGUGAUGGGCUUACUUCCAGCAAAGGGUUUGGCCACUAUGGUAGAGGCCAAUUCAAAUUUUGUUUGGUCGGUCCCAGACCUCUGGUCACUUAAAGAUGCUGCCACUGUACCAGUUGUCUACACAACAGCCUUCUAUGCAUUGGUAGUUCGGGGUCGGAUUAGAUCUGGUGACCGUGUCCUCAUUCAUUCUGGAAGUGGGGGUGUUGGCCAGGCAGCCAUAAGCAUUGCCCUUCACUAUGGUUGUCAAGUGUUCACUACUGUUGGCACAGCAGAGAAAAGAGCCUACCUAAAGUCUAGGUUUCCUAAGUUACAGGACAGUCACAUCUGCAAUUCACGGAACACAACAUUCGAGUCAGCUAUACUUAGACUUACGAAAGGAAAAGGUGUGGAUGUGGUACUGAACUCACUUGCUGAAGAAAAGCUCCAAGCCAGUGUUCGCCUUCUUGCACAGCAUGGUCGUUUCCUGGAAAUUGGGAAAUUUGACUUAUCUAAAAAUAAUCCACUUGGCAUGGCUGUGUUCCUGAAGAAUGUCAGUUUCCACGGUAUCCUCCUGGACGCUUUGUUUGAGGAGGGUAACCCAGAAUGGAAACAAGUGUCAGAACUGCUGUUCCAGGGAGUGAAUUCUGGGGCGGUACAGCCCCUUGCUACCACUGUGUUUGAGAGAGACGACCUUGAGGGGGCAUUCAGGUACAUGGCCAAAGGCAAACACAUUGGCAAAGUCCUCAUUAAGAUCCAGGAGGAAACCAACUUACAAUCACCUGUAAUUGUAAAUGCUGUUCCAAGGUUUGCUUGCCAUCCCCGGAAAUCCUACAUCAUCACAGGUGGUCUCGGUGGCUUUGGGUUAGAGCUAGCUCAAUGGUUGAUUGAAAGAGGGGCCAGACAGUUGGUUUUGACCUCUAGAUCAGGUGUCAAGACCGGCUACCAGGCAAGGAAACUUCAAGUGUGGAAAAAGAAGGGGAUUCAGGUUAUUGUGUCCAAGGAGGAUGUAUCCACAGAACAUAGUGCACAGUCUCUCAUCAAAGAAUCUUGUAAUGUCGGAGAAGUUGGUGGAGUCUUCCACUUAGCUAUGGUUCUCAAAGAUGGUUUCUUAGAAAACCUGAGCCAAAGAGACUUUGAGGUUGUCUGCCAACCGAAAGUUGUUGGUACCCUGCAUUUAGAUAAGGUGACAAGAGACCAUUGUAAGGACAGCCUUGAUUGGUUCGUUGUGUUCUCGUCGGUCAGUUGUGGGCGGGGCAAUGCUGGUCAGGCUAACUACGGUUUCGCUAACUCGGUAAUGGAGAGGAUUUGUGAGCAGAGGACACUGGAUGGAUUUCCAGCUCUAGCAGUACAGUGGGGAGCCAUCGGAGAUGUCGGGGUGGUGUUGGAUACCAUGGGAAACAAUGACACAGUGAUUGGUGGUACGCUGCCACAACGCAUGUCCUCCUGUCUCUCUACACUGGACAACUUCCUCAACCAACCACACCCCGUAAUGUCCAGUUUUGUACUCGCUGAGAAGGUCAACCAGAUGUCAAGUGGUCAAAGUUCCAAGAAAAACUUGGUAGAUGCCAUUUGCAAUAUUCUAGGAGUGAAGGACCCCAGUACUCUGGAUUCUGAUACAAGUCUUGGUGACCUUGGUCUAGAUUCUUUGAUGGGAAUAGAGGUCAAACAAACAUUGGAGCGAGAUUUUGACCUAACAUUAUCCAUGCGUGAAAUUAGACAACUCAACAUAUCAAAGCUCAAGGUUAUAUCAGAAAAUCUAGACACUGACGGUCAAACUUCCAAAGCCAUUGAGGAACCAUCAUGGAAGCUCUCGAAUAAAAACGUUCUCGACAGAUAUGACUUGGACCAGAUAGUUCCUCAGGAGACCAUAGUCAGGAUGAAUAAAGGAGAUGAAAGUCAAUCUCCUUUGUUUAUAGUCCAUCCUUUAGAAGGAAGUGUGAAAUGUCUGAACAAGUUAUCAUCUCACCUCAGCUGUCCAGUAUAUGGUCUUCAGUGCUCCAAGGAGGUCCCCCUCCACAGUAUCCCUGCCAUGGCACGCUUCUACAUACAGAUUAUACAGUCGGUCCAACCCCAUCCUCCAUACAAGUUAUGUGGCUAUUCCUUUGGAACAAGUGUUGCCAUAGAGAUAACACUGCAGUUGGAGAAACUGGGAGCUGGGGUAGUUGAGUCACUCUGCUUGCUGGAUGGGUCCCACAAGUUUGUGUCGGCCCACACUGGAGCCUACAGAGACCAAUGGGCCAUUAUGGACAAGAGCCAGGAGGAGAUUGCUGGCCUUAGUGUCUUUGUUCAAGAGUUUACUUCUAUAGAGCCAAGCCAGCUUGCCAUGGAAUUGGGGAAACCAGCAGACUUGACUGGACGUCUAAAGGUUGUUGUAAAUAUCUUGUCAAAGUUGGACGUCUUUAAGAAUUCAGCAGAUUUGGACACAGCUGCUGAAGCCUUUUAUCGACGAUUGAUCAUAUCGGAGCAGUACAAACCUGAACAGAAGUUACAUGGGAGUGUGACACUGAUCAGGGCAGGGAGUGGCGACACAAAGCCACUGGGGAAAGACUAUGGCCUUACACAGAUUUGUGAUUGUACUCUGAACAUCCACGAAGUAGAUGGGGACCACGCCAGUUUUAUCACUGGAUACCGUUCUAAGGUCACAGCAGGUCACAUUCAAUCACUAUUCAAGACAAUGGUGAAAUAGCGGGAGAUUUACAUGCAAUUAUAAAUGUAUUUAAUGCAAUAAUUUUGAUACAAUGUAUGAAGUGACAUUGACAUCCUGGCUGCAUGUCCUUGAUUAGAAAAGACCAAUGUUUAAAUGUUAUAAGGCCAAGAGAAUGUAAUUGUAUGUGUGCACUGUGGUACUAUCUGUCAUCUUUACUAAAUAUUAACAAGUGCUUUGUAUUAAUUCAAAUUAGGACAUAUCUCAAGGAGUAGAACAAGAGAAAUAGUGGGGCAGUGCCCCUAAAUAAGGGACAUCAACACCAGAGUCAAACCCCAUUGACACUUGUUCCUUAUGUAUUUCCACAAAAAUAAACGUAAUUGUUCAUCAGGCUCCAGAUCUGAAAGAGUUUGAAAUGGAAUGAUCUGCUUUGAUAAUUUUUUCACAGCUCAAUGAUAUAGUGUCACCUUUGACAUCACUGCUGGGUAUGUAACCAAUCACUUCAAGGCUUUCUUAAGCAGCAAGAGUAACAACAUUUGUUUUGGGUCAUUGAUUGAAAAAAAGGAGAAAUAAACAACAUAAGACAGGAAGUCAAUCAGGAUCUACAAAUGUCAGGUGUUUGUUUAUCUUGAAAUCUAUCUGGAUAUUUAUGAAAGUGAAAGUAUCUGUAUUAAAGAGGUUUAACUACACAUGGCUGAUUUUUUUUUUUUUUUACUCAUGCUUUUGCUAACUUGUUCAAAACUGCAGCAAUGGUUUAAAGAUACUCAAAAUAAUACAUGUCUAACAUUUUUUUAAAAAUGUUAUGUAUCCUAACUUGGUCCCUAUCCAUACUUUUUGUUGGAACUUGUAAAGUGAUAUUUUACACUUGUUUUACUUGUCUGGUUGUUAUUUUUGUUGUUAAGGAUGUUAAAACAAUGUAAACGUCCAACCACUUGUUUUACUCAUCCGAUAGAAUAUUAAUUGGCAUCACCAAUUAAUUACCAGUGUUGUUUCUUACAAGGGUAUAGUAACAUGUAAUACAUACCAUGUUAUGAUCAAAGUAGUGUUUAGUUUAUAUAUAUGUUAUUACAUGUAAUGUUAUAGGUUCAGGGACCGUAGCUCAAGGUCUGAUAGAUUUUAUUUUAAAAUUUUAGAUAUUUUAUUUUGAAAUUUUACAUUAUCGGAGAAGAUAACAUUUCAAAAUAGAUAACAUUUCAAAAUCAAAUCAAAUCAAUAGAACCUUGAGCUAUGGUUCCCACAGCUAGUAAUGUUGGGACUAUGACCACUCUACAGUGUUGUAUUUAUAAUAUGUAAAAAUAAUCUGUUUCCAGAAGCUGAAAUCAUGAAAUGCAUUUAAAUUGUUCAGGCAUACGUUACAUUAUAUUCAUGAUAUUGGUCAACUCUGGUACUUAAAAUACUGAAAAUAUAUUGUUUUUGGGACAUUAAAUAGAGACUCAAUUUAAAUAAAAUAAAUUCUUAUCCAUCAAGCAUGUGAAGUAUCGGGAUAGAUAUUGGGAUCAACUUUUGAUUAGAGUAGUUUGGAUUUUAUUGAUAAAUACUUAUUUUUGGUGAAACAGAAACUGGUUUUGUGUAAAUGUUUAUUGUUUUGCUGAACAAGUCCCUAUGGAGAAGACAUAUAAUAAAUGUAAGGACAUGACAUUUGAGUGGAAUUUUUGUUAUUUAAGGAAAACAGUAUCGGCCAUCUUUAUAAAUGUGUACAGCGUUUUGGUAAUCUGACGUCAUUUUGUGACUUUCAUGUUGUAAUAUGUAUGUGUGAUCGGUUUAACUGUAAUCAUGGUAGACUAUAAGAAAAACAUGUUUUGUGAUAUUGUUAGAAGUAAUAUUUAUGAAUAGUAACAACAUUCCAAUAAUGAAAUCCUAUCAUAUUUUAAAGUUCAAUUUUCAUAAGUUGUCUCCUAUAUUUGGUAUAAAUUUGCUUUCUAUAUUGUACACUAGUAUCACAAAAUUAGACUAAGUCGAUCCGUGCUAGUAUACUGGAAUUCCAUUAUAUUUGAAGUGCUAUUUAUUCUUGUGCUAAUGAAGUAUUGAUACACUGAAAUCUAAAGUCUGCUACACAGUUAAGGUAUUAUUAUAUAAGUUAUUACUGGUUUAUCAGUAUUGAUUUUAAUGCUGUUAUCCCUGUUGAUUGUUAAAUUAUUGUAUAUUGACUUU